GUCGGUUGAGUUAUAUACUGGAGGUCAUCUCUGCAGUAAAUUGUCAAUCAUUAGCCUCACUUUAUUCUCUCAAAGGGCGAGUAUCUCAAAACCGGCUUCUGCUUCACCUUUUGUUCCCAACGCCCACCACAUCUCUGUCGCCCAUGCAGGACCAAGGCGUCACCACCGCCGACCAGCAAGGCAAUGUGGACAUCCCUCAGCCCCAAGCUCCUGCCCACUUCAGAUCUGGCCUUGAGGAAUACGAACGUUCUGGGGAAGACAAACCACCUUUCGUGCUAACUUACACCGAGGUUAAAUUGCUUGGCAUCGCCGGCGUCGGCUUCUUCCUCGAUGCCUAUGACCUGUUCAUCAUAAACCCUGUCGCCACCAUGCUUCAAUACAGACUCUACGGCGGGCAGAGUCUACCGGCCAACUUGCAAGGUUUACUCAAAGCAGCAGCAAACAUCGGAAGUGUCAUCGGUCAAUUCGGUUUCGGUUAUUGCGCUGAUGCGUUUGGCCGUAAAGCAAUUUACGGAAAAGAGUUGAUGCUCAUUAUCAUCGCCACUAUCCUUUGCAUCACGACUCCCACCGGCUCUAUCUCACCCAAUGGUUCCCUCAUCUAUCUUUCAAUAUUCCGCAUCAUCCUUGGGAUCGGCGUGGGAGGAGACUACCCAAUGUCCGCUUCUAUCACCAGUGAUCGUGCCGUUCUCCGCAAGCGCGGGACGAUGCUGGCUUACAUCUUUGCCAACCAAGGUUGGGGAAGUUUUGUAGGAAGUUUAGUCACAGUCAUUGUCUUGGCAUGCUACAAACAUGUCAUGAAUGUAGAGGGCGAGACAUCAAAAGUGGACGGAGUAUGGAGGAUUGUCAUCGGAAUAUCCUUGAUCCCCGCUUUUGCCACUCUCUAUCAACGUCUUACCCUUCCGGAGUCUAAGCGCUUCCUCAAGUCUCAGAAGGCUGCUGAAGAGGAGGAAAUGGUGGACUCCAAAAAUGUCGCAGUGAAAGAGAAAAGCUUAUCCAGCUCCACUUCCAACGAGGGAAGCGAUGUCCCUGUAAUUCCCGAAGAGAAGAAGGCCCAUUUCAAAGAAUUCUUCCGCUACUUCUCUGAGUGGAGACACGCAAAGAUCCUGAUUGCCACUUGUGGAUGCUGGUUCUUCCUGGACAUAGCUUUCUACGGUAUCAAUCUCAACCAGAACGUUGUGCUCCAAGAAAUAGGAUUCGACGGAUCGAGUGGUACACCCUGGGAGAAGCUGUUCAAAAUCGCCACAGGAAACAUCAUCAUCACCGCGUUGGGUUUUGUGCCUGGUUACUAUGCUACCGUCCUGACCAUUGAAAAGCUCGGCCGCAAGGUUAUCCAAUUCCAAGGUUUCUUGAUGGCUGCACUUUUCUUGGGAAUUUUGGCGGGCAAGUUCUAUGAAUUGAGCAACGCGGCUUUCAUUGUCUGCUUUGCUUUGCUUCAGUUCUUCUUUAACUUCGGAGCAAAUACCACGACUUAUUGUUACCCAGCCGAAGUCUUCCCUACUCGGUACAGAGCUUCCGCACACGGACUUUCCGCAGCUUGUGGCAAAGUAGGAGCGAUCAUCUCCGCACUUGUCUUCAACACUCUCACCGCGUCCAUCGGUACUCCCAACGUACUCUGGAUAUUUGUCGGUUGUUGCUUCGCUGGAGCUGCUUUGACUUUGCUCCUUCCCGAAGUAGCUGGUCGUGACCCCGACGUAGUCUUAGCAGAGGAACUGAAAGAGCGGCCAUAGGGUACCCGUAUCCCAUGUUCAUAACAUCCGCUUAGAUGCUUUAUUUCAUGCGGACGAUGCAACAACCAACUACUAGCAUGUUACACGACGUUUACCUGAUACGUUGUUUUACCAAAAUAACCACAUCAUCCAUGUCUCUCAAGGCACUUGAAAUCACCUUCACAUGAUGUCGGUUUCUAAUACUACAGAUCUUGGCACAAUAGAUUGUAGGUUAACUGGACGU